AUGAAGAUUUCGAUCCAACAAGUGAGCACCUAUUCAGGAUUUUGUUUAUCAGUCCUUGUAAAUAAUAUUCUGAUGUACAUGAUAAAAAACAAAACUACUAAACAACUGGGUUCUUAUGUUUAUCUGAUGCUGAGUUUUUCGGUUUUUGAACUUUUGUUUUCUACAGUCGAUGUUCUUAAUCAACCGAUGAUUUUCGUAAACAACGGAGAAUUUAUAUUCUUCAGUUCCAAUCCUCUUCAUCUAAACAAAGCUGUCGCCAAACAUUUUAAUAUGAUAAACUUCGCUUGCUCUGGAAUUAUCAUCUCUUUAUUAGCCAUUCAUUUUUUCUACAGAUAUAUGGCAGUUUGCAACAAUCAAACCUGGCUGAAACAAUUUGAAAAACCAAGAUUUCUCAUUUGGAUUUUGAUUUUUUUCAUUUUCGGACUGGAGUGGUAUUUUGCAACACUUUUCCUAGGGAACACCACUGAUAAAACUUGUGAAGUUGAUAUGGAUGCGUUAAUCGAUUACUACAAAGUCGACCCGGAACUCACGGUAUUCAUUGGCAUCAAAUAUCAUGUUAAAAGUGCUUUGAAAACAACUUUCUGUACUAAAUCGAUUAUUUUGGCAUUGAUUUUGUUAAAAAUCGUGCUAAUCUCCUGCAUCAUUGUUGUCUACUGUGGUUUUCGUACCUGGAAAGAAAUUACUAUCAAGAAGCGUAUUGUCUCCAGAAGAACCCUAGACAUGCAACGCCAAUUUUUCCGUGCACUAGUCGUCCAAACUCUCAUCCCAUUCUUCUUACUCUAUCUUCCGCUAAUUACAAUGCUCUGUGCCCCAAUCCUCAUGGCUAGCCUUCACAAAAUCGAUAUCCUUAUACAAUUCGCCUUUGUUUUCUACCCAAUUCUGGAUCCUAUUGCAGUGUUGAUGAUUGUUCGAGACUACCGAAGAGCAAUUAAAUCAUUUUUCGUCGAUCAAUUGUUCGAACGGACCGUCAGAAUUUUGAGAUGUUGUCUUCCGUGGUUGGCAUCGGAGAACAGAACCAUCACACCACCGCCCGCCCAUGUGAACGCUUCAGGGUUUCCAAGAUAUAUUUAUUGA